AGAGAACCUACAAACUAGACUUGUAGACCAAAAUUACCUGAUCAAAAAGACAUACUCUGCAAGUUUCCUCAAGUCCUCCUACCUUUGCAUACAGGCUGAACCAUCAAAAGAACUGACAAUUACAGCCUGAGAUGGAUGGCAGUAAUGGCAAAGUUAUUGCUCCUCUCCUAACUCAGAGAUACCGGAGGAUGGUCACCAAGGAUGGCCAUAGCACACUUCAAAUGGAUGGAGCUCAAAGAGGCCUUGCCUAUCUUCGAGAUGCUUGGGGAAUCCUAAUGGACAUGCGCUGGCGAUGGAUGAUGUUGGUCUUUUCUGCUUCUUUUGUUGUCCACUGGCUUGUCUUUGCAGUGCUCUGGUAUGUUCUAGCUGAGAUGAAUGGUGAUCUGGAACUAGAUCAUGAUGCCCCACCUGAAAACCACACUAUCUGUGUCAAGUACAUCACCAGUUUCACAGCUGCAUUCUCUUUCUCCCUGGAGACACAACUUACAAUUGGUUAUGGUACCAUGUUCCCCAGUGGUGACUGUCCAAGUGCAAUCGCCUUACUUGCCAUACAAAUGCUCCUAGGCCUGAUGCUAGAAGCUUUUAUCACAGAUUUAUGUCAGAAAAGAGAAAGAUUAACCUUCCCCACUGGUGAUGACCCAAGCAGGAAUCAUCUCUUGAAACAGCUGAAUAAAAGCAAGCAGUUGUGAAGAGCAGAGCAGAGCACAGCAGCAAGUCACAUUUUUCUACUCUCUGACCAAAGGAAAAGAAAAUAAAGAAGAACUCUGGAGUGGUCUAAGAACCGAUAAUAGCAGACGAGUAUCAAGAACACAGUAACUUAAUUAUUGCAAACUUUUGCUGUCUGAAAAUCUCAGGCAUUCUUAAGUACUAGUCAAACCAACAGAUUCUUUUUCAAUCCAAGACUGUUGUAACAUGUAUAGACAGCAGGAAUUAUUUCCAUAAUAAAUUAACAAGAUUCACCUAAUCUGUGAAAAUAAAGUAGUAUCUAAAAUUUAUAUGGUAUGUUUUUUUCAUAAGAGUUCUUAUGUCACUUACAUAGAUCACAAAUUCAACAGUUAAGUGAAGCUGCCCAAAGUGACACAACAAGUAAACAAACAAGAUCUGCGAUCUAAGUCUCCCUAUAGAUGCAGUAUGACCUCCAUUUAAAUCAGAUGAGUCUCAUGUUAUCCUUAAUGUUUACAGAUAAACUUUCCAUUUGAAAACCAGAUACAAACCCCAACCCCCCCCCCCGAAAAAAAACCUGUUGUCA